UGCGUUUUCCAGACCUAAACCAUCAAGACGUUCAUUGGUUCCAUCACAAGUACGCGGGCGUUUGGUUAUCUACGCAACCACUUUAAAAGAAGAUAGACAAGGAAAGCGGCACUGUUUAUAAAUUAAAAAUUUGGAACUCAGCGUUGGCCAUCGUUGGGGAGAAUCAGGAACGAAGACACUUGUUCCAGGUAACGCUAAGCAAGGUGAGUGUAGACAAAUUUAUCGUACGACGUUUGUCAUUGUCACUUUCUGCUUCAUCUGUGCAAGUCGUUUAAUUUGAGGAAUUGAUCAUUAAAGAGAAGAUCAUGGCUAUUAGAAGGUCCGCCCUUUUUCAAAUUGAUUUCUUGGAAAGCAAUAGACAGAAAAAUGCACACGGAGGGAUGGUCAAUACCUGGAUUUUGCUCUAUUCAACAACGGAGUAUAUGUCUGACGACUAGAAUUGCUACACAAAAGGAAGAAAAUUUAGGGCAUAAGAUUUUUGGGAUCACGAAGUAAUUGAAUAUUUUUUUGGUCAAGGCAGGUUUUCUUAGGCCAAGCUUUGCAGCUGAGUGAGUAUUUUUUGAAAGCUACGAGCAUGAUUUCUCUACUAAACUUAUCCUGCUAUGUUAACGGCAAACAGUGGUUGUGCUUACCAAAACAUUUUGCCAAAAAAACAAAGAAAAACAGAGGAUCCACUUGUAAAACUUAAUUAGAAUUCGGAAUCAGCGCUAAUGAAACCACAAGACUUCGAAUACCUCUACUAAGUGACAUGGCGAUAGAUAUCGUAUUAAACACAACAGGAAGAAUCUCGAUGUAUCUUGUAAAUGAAACUAAGUGCUGUUGUAUAUCUUACUGUCAGGUAACUCCUACUCAAGCUAACAAAGCGACAAUGAAAACAAAUUUUAUGAAGCAUAUGAAAGUCAAUUUCCCACGAAAUGAACCGCAAAUUAAUUCAUAACAAUGUGUGGGACUGAACUAACAGCUUUUGGAAAGACUGAUUUCUUCCGAAUUUGUGACUAAGAAAUACCGAGGCUUGCAGUAGUUUUGUUUUUGUUAUCUUUUGUAAAUGUUUAAUCACUAUCAUUGUAUCUGCAUCCCAAAAAAAUAUUCACCAUCUCAAACGAAAGCGUUUGGGAGUUGAAACUUUAGCAGUUUUCUUUGCCUUACCAUCAUUCUUCAUAAACGUAUUCUUGUUUCACCGAGAGAAGAUCUGAAGUUUUUGUUAUCAAUUUUCAUAUCAGUCGGAAGGGUGCCAAGGGAUUUUUGCUGCGAAGCAAAAGACAGCUGAAUAUAGACAUCGCUUAUAUUUCUCUUAAGGCCGGUUUCAAACUCCGUGCUACUCACUUAACCGUGCUUACUGCAUCAAAUGGCGAGACGUAUGCAAUUUUUCCUACGGAAAAUUUUAGUAAGAUGCUGCAUUUUUUUCUGAAAGGCAGGUAGACCUAGUCACGCACUACGGAGCUGGCAACACUUAUUCACGUUAUCAUUCCUCUUAGAUUUAGCAUAGAAACGAUUGUUGUGUGUUGUAUUUUUUUCUGUCCCAUACCCCCCCCCCCCUUCCCCAUCUUCUUUGGUUCGUCCAAGUAUAGUUUUCAAUCGAAAUCAUUUUAUGCCUUUAUGAAAAGAAUUUGACAUUUCACAUAUUUUCCCCUAUUCAGGACUUCUUCGCUAUCCUUAAUUAAGAUCCCUCAGCUCUUGCAACAAUUAUCGUAUUUCAUUAAUCUUCUGCCUCUGAGCACGCCCUUUGGUGGAAAAGAUCGAUGUUUGAAUCCCCUAUUUUCAUGAUUCCGUUUGGAUAACGUUUUAAAGAGAUUGCCUUUCUGGUCCCUCACGAGGCAGUUCUUUACAGUUUCAUCGUCCUUCUCCUUCGCUUUCCACUUGUAAUUCCCGUCUCCGCUAUUACUCAAGAAAUGCAGUGCCAAAUACUUGUUGUAAAAAAAAUGAUACUUAGAAAUCCCUGAUUGGUAAAAAGCCUAUCGUUUGCUGCACCGGUAAUGCCAUAGAAAAUUGAAACACUGUAUUUGUUUUUAAGUUUAUCUAGUAAAAGCAAUAGACCGACUUUCUAUCAGUGCGAUAGAAAGUGCGGUUUCUUAAUUAAAUUAUCGAAGGUUGUAUCUUGUAUUGAGUUAAUUGAUUAUUAUUUUGUUUUCUUCAAGCUCGACAACAAGGACGCUUUUCUCAUUCACAUUCCAGUGGGUUGAUAAAAGCUGCUAUGAUGAAGGUUUCGCUGCUCGUCCUGAGUGUUCUUGUAGUGGUACUUUUCUUGCAAACCUUACACUACAGUGAGGCGUCCGAAAUCUCUCAAGUACUGGACAGAGAAAUUGAAGAAUUAAGAGAUGAUAUUGAAAAGAGACGAAAGCGUAAGCCCUGUGGAUUUACCUGGAACUUGAAGAAGUGUAAAAGCCGUGGAAAGCGGAGUUAUUGGGACAAGAGGGUGAGAUAAUUAGAGAACGCGACAAUUUUAACUUCGAGUUGCUGCUUUAAUCUUUCACUGGUUCGCCGCCCUUUUUUGCGAGAAAUAUAAAACAACAAGAGAAGAAAAACUCUUAACAGAAUUUUCAUGUGAUAUUUUCUUUACUGUUUAGGAAUUUAUGAAUAAUCAAAUCAAAGACAAUUUUUUUACACCAUUCUGCAAAAUCGGCUCGCAAAAAUGAAACUCCAACUUCCGAGAUGAAAAUAAAGCUUGUUGCCUUUUCUCUUCCAAUCACUUAAAAAUUUUGAAUUCAACUUCAUCAAUUUAGGCUAGGUGAAACUCAGCAAGGAAAGGGUGAAUGAUACAACCUUAAUUCUUUUAUAGAGUGGAAUAGCUCAGCAAUCAAACUUGUGAAUUAAUUCUUUUUAUAGAAUGGAAUAGCUCAGCAAUCAACAUCAUUCAGCUCAUUUGUACCCGAUGAUAUGGAUGCCUUGUUUAACGACUGGAUAACUGAAGAGUAAUACGUCAUGAUAUACCUUCACAACAUUAGAAAUAUUCAUUUAGAGCGAAAUGUAGUAAUAUUGAAGCAAUCAUCUUGAUCACAUUAUUUGGCAUGGUGUAGGUAACCACGCCUAGUUAAAAGUUGUCAACUGAAUCGUGCAAUGUAUAAAGAAAUUAGCUCUCAUCACUUUUCCAUGCAAUGUUUCGUAAAUGUAUAGGAAAAGGACAUUAUUAUGAUUCUUUUAAUUAUAAUUUUUUCAAUUAUUUUAUUUUAUUAUUGGUAUAUCAACUAUUAUAGACCAAUGAUAGAACA